AUGAUCGACAAGAGAUACGACAACCAUCAAGAUGACCAAAAUAGAGAAGAAACAGGCGACUCCACUGGGGAGUCUAUCAGAUGGGCACAAAAAUGUUUCCCUCCCUCUGUCUCCUCCUCGCCCUCCUCCUCCUCACCGCAGCCCUCUUCCUCUCUCGUCGACGCAGGUCUCCGCCUCUCCCCCCGGGCCCCACCGGCCUCCCACGGCCUCAAGGGCUUCGCCUUCACCCCCUACGGCGACUACUGGCGCCGCGUCCGCAAGCUCUGCAUCACCCACAUCCUCAGCGGCCCAAAGAUCGCCUCCCAGCGGGCGGUGCGGACAGAGGAGAUCGACCGGUUCGUCCAGACCCUGGCGGCCGCGAGCGAGACGCGGUCGGCGGUGAAUUUGCAGACGCUCCUGUGGGACCUGGUGCAUGAUGUGGUGUCGAGAACGAUCGUGGGGAGGAGGUACGAGGCUGGGGAUGAGGAGGGGGAUAAGUUCAGGGCGUGCACUAAGGAGCUUAUGGCUUUGCUCGGGUGUUUCAAUGUUAAUGACUUCAUUCCGCUGCUUAAGCCAUUCGACGUGCAGGGGUACAGCAAGAGGUUGCAUAAGCUGCACCUUGAGUUCGACGAGUUGCUGGAAAAGAUUGUGGACGAGCAUCAGAAGGCUGAGAAGAAGGGGGAAGGGGAGAUGAAGGAUUUCGUGGAUGUUUUGUUGGAGUUGAUGGAGACUGAAGGGGAGGCUGAUGGGGUCACGUUUGAUCGCCUCACCGUCAAGGCCGUCGUGUUCGACAUGCUAGAGGCUUCCAUGGACACGAUGCGCAUACCAGCCGAAUGGGCCCUAGCUGAGCUCAUCAAGCACCCACGGAUCAUGCGAAAGGCCCAAAAAGAACUCGAAACCGUCGUGGGCCUCCACCGAAAAGUCGAAGAAACUGACUUACCGAAACUCGAAUACCUGCACAUGGUCCUGAAGGAGACCCUGAGGUUCCACCCCCUCUCAGGAUUCAUGUUCCACCACGGAACCGAAGAAUGCGUCGUCAACGGGUAUCGCAUACCGAAGGGUGCCAACGUGAUGAUCAGUCUGUGGUCGAUAGGCAGAGACCCUGCAGUGUGGGAUAACCCAGAGGAGUUCAGGCCUGAGAGGUUCAUCGAUAACAACAUCGAAUUCAGGGGAGACUUUCGACUGCUUUCGUUUGGGUCGGGACGGAGAAUGUGCGCAGGGAUGCAGCUUGCUUUGAUUUGGACUCCGUUGAUAAUAGCUCAGAUGAUUCAUUGCUUUGAUUGGGAGCUUCCUGAUGGAGUACAGAAGUUGGAUAUGAAAGAAGCUUAUGGAUUCACUCUGCCACGAGCUGAUCCGUUGAAGGCUAUACCCAGGAAACGUCUGUUGGAUAUGUAAUCGGAGACGGUCUAUGAAGUUUAAGAAGAUGCCGGUAUGAGCGCCACAUACGUACCAAACUGGCCUAUGGUUUAAUUAUCUGCAAUAAGAAAUGAUCAUAUAUGUAAUUUUCCCCAUAUCAUAUAUGUAAUUUUCCCCAUGCAUGGGACUAGUAUUACCACGUUGUUGUAUCAAUUAUAUUGUAAUGUUAUGAUUUUAAUGGUUGUAUAUCGCUUGCGCUCUAAAAAGUUAUGCCGAGGAUUAUAAAUAUUAUUCCGCUCUUUAUAUAAAGGAAGAAUAUUGGGGAUGUA